AACCAGACGUUUCAUGUUACAGGAACAUAGAAAUAGUGUGGUUCAUCUUAUUAUCAAACUUUAUUUAUUCUAGUUUUAUUUUUAUUUUGUAAAAACGACCGAAUGUAAAGAAAUCACGCCGUUGUGGUAGUUUAUCGUUUACGACGCAUGUGGGACUUUCCGCUCCAAAUGCAUAAAUAGUUAUUUUCGGUUUCACUUUUGCAGUUGUGGGUCGAUGGGUUGACGUAGCACCGGGCCACCGAGUAAGAAACCAAUAUAGGAACGAGUUUAGCUUAUUUAGGAAUAGUUUUGGUGCCUUUUCAGCUUCGAGACGUCCGUCAUAGGAAUCUUACCUCGUCGAAAGGAAACUAAAAUCUACAAGUUAUGCAGAAAAUGAGCUACUUCUUCCCUCUGCUUUGCAUCUGCCUGGAUGUGUGUGUGAUGCACGCCAUCCGCCUGGCACAGCUGUCUUCUCUCCUUCUCGCCCACCCUUUUAUCGCCCUGUGGGGGGGAUCGUUGACCAGAGCCAUCCUCCUGGCCCUUCUCACCCUCACCUACCCUGGAAGUCUCCCGUGGAGAAGCAGCUUUGAGGGGCUUCAGAGUUUAGGUGUCCUUUGCUUCCAGUUCCCUGUGUACAUCACCUUGCUUUGGGCUCUGGGACACUCCACAGUGGAAGAACUGUGGGGGUGGCACUCCCAGGAGAGGGUGUUGCAGGGUUAUGUUGUGACGAUAGUGGCCUGGCUCUACUGGACUCGAUAUGUCUCAUCUUUGUUUGUGAGGAAGCCGCCGUCUAAGAAACCUGGACCGGACACCAGCGCCUCUCUGAAGAGACUGAUGGGAUACAUGCUGCCGUAUCGGUGGCGCUUUGCUGUUGUGUUGAUCCUUGUGGUUCUCUCAUCUUAUGGUGAAAUGGCUGUCCCUCGGUAUACCGGACAAAUGGCUGAUUGGAUCAUAAAUGACGGAGCUCCUGAUGCGUUCAGAGAGGCCAUCACAGUCAUGACGCUCAUGACUAUUGGCAGUGCUGUGUUAGAGUUUGUGUGUGACCUGAUGUACAACAUCACCAUGAGCCUCAUACACACCUCAGUACAGGGAGCCGUCUUCCAGGCUGUGCUGAAGCAGGAGAUUGCUUUCUUUGAUGCCUCUUCUACAGGUGAACUGGUGUCCCGUAUUACCACGGAUACCAACGACAUGAGCGAGGCACUGAGCGAGAAGCUAAGUCUGUUAAUGUGGUAUGCAGCACGCUUCGCCUUCCUCUUGUACUUCAUGGUGAGCCAGUCCUGGAAAAUGACCCUGCUUACUUGUAUGGGACUCCCCAUCAUCUGGGUCAUCCCUGAGCUCACUGGGCACUUUCAUCAGAACAUUGCUGUAAAGGUUCAGGAGUCACUGGCUAAGGCCAACCAGGUGGCCACAGAGACGUUCUCCUGUAUGAAGACAGUGAGGAGUUUUGCUAAUGAGGAUGGUGAGACAGAAAAGUACAGAAAGCGCAUGGAGGACACUUACAACCUUAAUAAAAAGGAGGCAGCAGCUUAUGCAGCUUCUACCUGGGCCAACAGUAUGACCACUUUGGCCUUGAAGGUGUGUAUCCUGUACUAUGGAGGAACACUUGUGACCAGGAGGGUAGUUACCAGUGGAGACCUGGUUUCAUUCGUUCUCUACGAGCUACAGCUUGCUUCUGCUGUCGAGGCUGUCAUGCAUUAUUACCCCGAGGUGAAGAAAGCAAUCGGUGGUUCUCAGAAGAUCUUUGAAUAUUUGGAUCGGAAACCUAACAUCCCUCCUUUGGGCACUUUGGCCCCAGAACAUCUUAAUGGCCACAUUCAGUUUAAAAACGUGACGUUUUCCUAUUCUGGAAAGACAGAGGAAAACAGUCUUGUGCUUAAGGGUGUGACUCUGGAGAUAAAGCCAGGCCAAAUUACUGCCCUCGUAGGGCUCAACAGAUCAGGGAAGACCACCUGCGUCAAGCUGUUGGAGAGGUUUUACCAGCCACUAGCAGGGAAGAUCCUCUUAGAUGGGGAACCACUGGACACCUACAAAGACCAGUACCUACAUGACAAGAUGGCUGUGGUGAGCCAAGAUUGUGUGCUGUUUGCUCGCUCUGUUCGGGAGAACAUCAAAUACGGCUACGAAGAUGCUUCUGAUGAGGAAAUGUACAGAGCCGCCCAGAUGGCUAGUGCUGACAAGUUCAUCCAGGAGCUGUCGAAUGGAUACGACACAGAUGCUGGAGAAAAGGGAGGUCAAGUGUCUGGAGGCCAGAAACAGCGCAUUGCCAUUGCCAGAGCUUUAAUCAGAGAUCCAAAAAUCCUGAUCCUGGACAACGCCACCAGCGAUUUGGACACAGAAAAUGAACACCAGGUCCACCAAGCUCUGUUGGACCUAACAAAGAACCGCUCUGUUCUGAUGAUAUCCAACAAGAUGAGCGUUGCAGAGAAGGCCAAUCACAUAAUUGUCCUGGACAACGGGACAGUAAAGGAGGAGGGCACUCAUGGCGAGCUGAUGAAGAAAGCUGGUCUUUAUGCUGAGCUGGUAGAAAAGCAGAAAAAGGGCAUUAAUCGUGAGGCAGAGGAGAACACUGGUACACAGUAACACGUUGGAAUGGAGUCAUAUGAUAGCAAGUUGCUGGUUUAAAGAUUUUUGGUGCAGACUCAAACCACACUGGUAUUGUGAUGAAUGAUCUUAGUAUGGGACCCCACUUUUUACAACAGGUGUUGGGACUCAAUUAGGAUUGAACCCAGUUAGACUUUUGCACUUUGGAAGUUGGUGAGGCUGCACCUACACAAGAAAUUUAGAAGCAGUUUGCCUCGCUGACUGGUCCUGAUAAAAUCCCUCAUCAGUCCACCCUAAUGUAAAAAUCACUGAAGAAAGGUUUCAGACCAAAAUAACUAGACAGGAACGUACAUAUUUUGUUCAUGAUGACAAAAAACCCUACAAAAUUCCAUACACUUCUCCAGUUUAUUUAUUUACAAUUUUCCCCCACUAUACAAAUAAAUCCAGAGAUACAGUAUUAAAAACAAAAUGUGCAGCAUUAGGAAGAGUGAAAAAUUUGGUGAUUGUGGACGUGCGUUAUUGUCAAAUCAUACUAGAUACUACUGGUCAUCUUUCAUUUGUCUGAAAGGUUUCUGUGUGAAAUCUAAUGUUCAGAUGUUCCUUACAUUUACAUCAAUGCUAAUUUAAAGGAUGACAGAGAUCUCACAUUCAUUAAUAAUUGGUUGUAUUCAGUAACGCCAGUUCCCAGUAAGGGAAGCUUCUUAACACUGAAGAGUGUGAGGAACAUGAAGCUAUCCAUCAUCUGGAACAGUCCAAAGCCUUCAUGCUAAUGUUGCGCUAUAAAUAAAUUCAUAUGUCUGUUGACGAUGAAACAGUAAAAAAAAAAGCACAUAAAAACCAGCAGAUUUUAUCUGAAGUGAAACUG